UGGCGUGCCGGGGCGACGCGGGCCGACGUGCCGUACGCGCCUCCCCGCGGCGGUCCGGGGACGGCUGGCCCCAGCGCCGGCCUCUCGGAGGCGGGCCGGGCAGACGGCGGCGGCGGCCAUGUUCGUGGCGCGCAGCAUCGCGGCGGACCACAAGGACCUCAUCCACGAUGUGUCCUUCGACUUCCACGGGCGCCGGAUGGCCACCUGCUCCAGCGACCAGAGCGUCAAGGUCUGGGAUAAAAGUGAAAGCGGAGAUUGGCAUUGUACUGCUAGUUGGAAGACACACAGUGGAUCUGUAUGGCGCGUGACGUGGGCUCAUCCUGAGUUUGGACAAGUUUUGGCUUCCUGUUCUUUUGACCGAACAGCAGCUGUCUGGGAAGAAAUAGUCGGAGAAUCAAAUGACAAACUCCGAGGACAGAGUCACUGGGUGAAGAGGACAACUCUAGUGGACAGCAGAACAUCUGUUACUGAUGUGAAAUUUGCUCCCAAACACAUGGGUCUGAUGUUAGCAACCUGUUCAGCAGAUGGUAUAGUAAGAAUAUAUGAGGCCCCAGAUGUUAUGAAUCUCAGCCAGUGGUCUCUACAGCAUGAAAUCUCCUGUAAGCUGAGCUGUAGCUGUAUUUCUUGGAACCCUUCCAGCUCUCGCGCUCACUCGCCCAUGGUCGCCGUGGGAAGUGACGACAGCAGCCCCAGUGCAAUGGCCAAGGUGCAGAUAUUUGAAUACAAUGAAAACACCAGGAAAUAUGCAAAAGCGGAAACCCUUAUGACCGUCACAGAUCCUGUUCAUGAUAUUGCGUUUGCUCCGAAUUUGGGAAGAUCUUUCCAUAUCCUGGCGAUAGCAACCAAAGAUGUAAGAAUUUUCACACUAAAACCUGUAAGGAAAGAACUUACUUCUUCUGGUGGUCCCACAAAAUUUGAAAUCCACAUCGUGGCUCAGUUUGAUAAUCAUAAUUCUCAGGUCUGGAGGGUGAGUUGGAACAUAACAGGAACAGUCCUCGCAUCCUCAGGAGAUGACGGCUGUGUGAGGUUGUGGAAAGCCAAUUACAUGGACAACUGGAAGUGUACUGGUAUUUUGAAAGGUAACGGGAGCCCAGUAAAUGGGAGUUCUCAGCUGGGAAGCUCAAAUCCUUCACUAAGCUCAAAUAUUCCAAAUCUUCAAAACUCAUUAAAUGGAUCUUCUGCUGGCAGGUAUUUCUUUCCCCCUCUGGAUUCCCCACGGGCUGGAUCAAGAUGGUCCAGCUGUGCCCAGCUUCUUCCUCCUCCUGCUCCUCUGGUAGAGCGCUCUUGCGAUGCCGACACUGCCAACCUCCAGUAUCCUCACCCUCGCAGAGGGUGCCUCUCUCGGCCUCUUAAUCCCUUACCUGAGAACGAAGGGGUUUAAAACACUGAUUCAAAGGCCUUGUUCAGAUGCUUGUCAAUGCUUUUAUUCCGGGCUGCUUUUUUGGUUUUCUUCAUUUUCUUUCAGAAGAUCCUUCUUACUUAGGGCAUGUCUUGCAUGUAUCACAACUGAAGUGUUUGGAACCAAACCUGUUUGUACUUCUGCACCAGGAAACCCUGGCUUCACUAGUGGGUUACCUCUGGUGAGAUGAGCUUCAGAAAAGCAACAUUAACUGUGAAAGACUCCCAGUAUCAAAUUCAAAGUGCCUGUCUUGUAAAGUCUGUGUGGAAUUGCCAGAGUUCAGUUUUGCCUGUUAAUAGACAGCUUUGUGAGAAAGCAUAUCAUUGUGGACAUCACUCUGCAUUUCAGACAUUAAAAAACAUUUUGAAUUUUAUAGGCUGAUGUUAUAAAUGACUGUAAAAUAAAUCAUUCCUGUGUAUAAAGCAGCAAAUCAUAAGGAUAUUUUUGUUUUUUGUUUUUUGUUUUUUUUUUUAAAUGAAAAUGCCUUUCACUACUUGGAAUUAACUGCUUAAAGCUUUUGUAAUUAUUCUCCAAGUAGAUUAUUUAAUAAAAACAUUUUAAAAGAUA